AUGCCGAAACCAUAUAGGGUCGUGAAAUUCCCCGACGAGAACGACAGCUUGGCAGUUGUGCCAACAUCGUGGCUGAUGAAAGGCAAUGAUGCUUGCCAUGGGGAUGAAGACGAGGAUGCAGCUGCAUCGCCUCGACUGGAGCUGCCUGCACCGCCCUCCCUAGCUGCACCAGCUCAUGAGAGCAUCACGGGCACAUCCCUGGAGCCAGUUGGACAUGGAGGCCCUGAGGAGAUGAUGCCGGUGAUGCUGCGGCUGCUGCGGGUGCAGCUAGAGGUGAGGCAGCAAAACAGAGAGCUGCAUCAUGAGCUGCAGCAGCUGAGGCACGAGGUACGGGACAUGUCCGAGAGGCUACAUGAAAUUGAGUCUCUCGACAGGACCCGUACCAUGCCUCAACCUGCCCAGCGUACGGUGCCUGUAAGUCUCCCUCGGCUGCCUGCCAACAGCUUGGAGGAACUGGAAGCAGCCGAGGCAGCGGUAGGCGACGAGGCUGUGGCUGCCACCUUGCGCAAGUACCUCCGACAUAUAGGAGGGACGUCUCUGCGUGAGGUGGCAUCGAAUGCCAUGAAGGCUGUAAUGGCACAUCCGGUGCAAGUGCUUUACAGCCUUCAUGGCAGAAAAGGCAAGCGAGCCUUCAUUAAUUUGAAGCUUUGCCGUAUAGUCACAGAUGUUGUCUGUGAGAAGGGCCACGUCGACGUGGUAGAGGCCCAGAGCUUCUUAAAGAAGUGGUUGCCGGGGUCUGUGGACAGGGGUGGCGGCAGGAAGAGGCGUUUCGCCGAAACGUUCGCAGCAGAGGAGCCCAGUGAUCCGUGCCCUCGAGACAGGGAUCAUUGCUUGACCCCUGCUGCCCUCUCCCUACCCCACCCUUGCCCUCGGAGCCCUGGCCCAUCCGACCCCAGCCGUCCAGCUGCCUCCCCUGCAGAUGUGCAGUUCUGCACAAGACCUGCAGCCAUGUAA